AUAUCUCCAACUUCGAUAUCGUCAUGGAGUCUGAUGAGGGCACCUUCAAGCCAUCUGGACUGGGUUUUACUGGCAAUGCUAAAGCUCGGGACAUUUUGAAAGAGAUCAUGACUCUGCUGCAGCCCAUCAACGUUACAGAUGUUUACGACAACGCAGAUGGAACGGACAUCGAUUACUGGAUGAGAGAGGGGGUGCCCGGUGCCAGCUUGCGUGAUGACCUCAGUAAAUACUUCUGGUUUCAUCAUUCUCAAGGGGAUACGAUGACAGUUCAGGAUCCAAACCAGAUGAAUCUCUGUGCUGCUGUUUGGACUGUUGUCUCCUAUGUAAUUGCUGACAUGGAGGAGAUGUUGCCAAGGUAAUAAAACAGCAAGAAAGAAGAUUUCUGUUCUUCUGUAAAGAUUGUGAGUCCCCUAAUGCACGUGGUCUACAGCUGUGGGAAAUUCCAUUUUUCACCCUGAUUUUGUGCAUUAUUAUGCCUGUUUUCCUCAAAGCACACACUCUUUUACACAUUCCUGUUUCUUUAUGCUGUUUUGAUGUCUUCCAUUUGUGAUUUUCACUUAAAAUUUCUUCUUUUAAGUACUUUUAAAAUUUCUGAUGAAGAUGUGACACCUCUUUGAAUAUGAUAUAAUAGCCAUUUGUAUGCAAAGUGAUCCUGUGCAGCAGGAAAAAUAUACCAAAUAAAUUUGUUGCAUCAGAA